AUCACGACAGUGUCGGGUUUGGAUGAGUCUCUGCGAUGGGUAACUUACUCUACCUCGACGUUUUGAUCGGAUGCGUUGGCGUUUAUCUGCUUAAGCACUAUGUCCUGGAUCGUUCCAAUCACCCUCCUCUUCCGCCUGGACCGAAGCCCAAGCCGAUCAUUGGAAAUUUACUGGACCUUCCCCCGCCAGGCCAGCAGGAAUGGAUCCAUUGGGCGAAGCACAAGAAACUCUAUGGCCCUAUAAGUUCGGUGACAAUGUUGGGAACGACCAUGAUUAUUAUCAACGAUUUACGCAUUGCAGUUGAACUCCUCGACAAGAAGUCGGGAAUUUUCUCUGAUAGGCCCAUUCUCGUAUUUGGUGGCAUUAUGGUUGGAUGGGACCAAUGCCUUGCCUUGCUUCGCUAUGGCCAGCGACAUCGGAUGAUUCGAAAGACGCUACACCAUACCAUUGGCACGAAUGAAGCAAUGCGCAAGUAUUAUGUUCAGGAGGAGACUGAAGUCCGUCGCUUCCUCUACAAGACGAUGCGUGAUCCAUCGAAUCUCUCAGAGAAUAUUCGAAAUGUGACUGGUGCACUUAUUCUCUCAAUCUCCCACGGUUACCAGAUCGAACAUGAGAAGUCCGAUCCGAUGGUACAGCUCGGUGAAGAAGCUCUGGUUCAGUUCUCACUCGCUGCGCAAGCUGGUACUUGGCUAGUCGAUGUGCUUCCUUUCCUACGUUUUCUCCCGGAUUGGUUACCUGGAAUGACCUUCAAGCGUACCGCGGAGAGGUUCGCUCAUGUCGCGUCUGCGCUUAUUGAGAAGCCUCAUGCUUUCACUAAGCAGCAGAUGGCGCGUGGUGUUGCUCGACCAUCACUCACCCAGCAGCUUCUCGAUGAACAUAAGAACGCACCAACUCCUGAAGAGGAAUACAUCAUUAAGUGGUCUGCAGCAGCUAUCUACGGCGGUGGCGCAGACACCACUGUUGGUGCGACCUAUGGAUUUUUCCUUACAAUGAUGCAAUAUCCGGAAAUUCAGCGUGCAGCGCAGGCAGAGAUUGACGCUGUCGUUGGACCGGACCGCCUCCCGACGUUUGCUGACCGCGAAAACCUACCUUAUGUUAAUGCGCUCGUUAUGGAGACACUGCGUUACUGCAAAGUUGUGCCAAUGGGUCUUCCACACGUCGGUACGGAAGACUGCGUGUACGAAGGGCAUUACAUCCCGAAGGGUGCUUUGAUUUUGGUGAACAUAUGGCAGAUCCUGCACGAUCCUGAAAGGUACAAGGACCCACACGUGUUCCGUCCUGAGCGCUUCCUCGGCGACCACCCUGAACCAGAUUCGCAUAAUAUCACUUUUGGAUUCGGUCGUCGAGUUUGCCCUGGUAAGGAACUCGCGGAUCAUACGCUAUUCCUCACGAUCGCAAUGUCGCUUGCAGUCUUCAACGUUUCAUGGCCGCUUGAUGCAGAUGGCAAACCGGUCGUGCAGCCCGGUACCUACAUACCCGGACUCAUCACUAAACCUAUUGACUAUUCUGCGCGUAUAACACCGCGCUCUGCGAAAGCUGAGGCUCUGAUCAACAGUAUCACGUUUGAUCAUCCGUUCGAGAAGGGCGAUUCGGACGCUGUUGAGGGACUGCACUGGACCAAGCAACCUUCGCCGUUCCCGCCCACCUAUUGAUCGUUCGUCUUCGUUGACUGUGGAAGGAAUUCAUAUAUCAACUUAUAAUUCUCGCCUAUUAUAUCCGUUUAGUUGUGUUUGUUUAACCGAAACCCUUAAACUCCUGGUAUUCUGCUUAAAACCAACCGACAAUUUCAGUCUGUUUGUCUGAGAUUCGGUUUUUCCGUCCGCGUACAUUCAUUGAAAUCAAUUCCACAUUUCUUUUACCAAUCAACUAUCGCAAUAUGUGUUUGAUCGAAAUAAUCAACUGUAUGAAACAGAGAGUACAUUACAUCGGACGACAGCCGGAUGUUUCUACUUAGCACAAAAUUGACAAGCACCAGGUCUGCCCUUUAAAGCUUUCUGACACGGUGUAACCUCAUCAUCCCCAAACCAAGACAACAUGCAUCAGCAUAAAUCAUUCACUGCUUGGUCUUCUUAAACUGGACAGCAGCGAAGGGUACUGCAAACGCAAAGCCCAUGAACCCAGCCGACUUUGCGAUGAACGUCUUUUUCUUCUCGUAUUUGAACGGGAAGUUGUUGUUGAUGGUGUUGUCAACAUGCAACCCACGAACUUGCUGCGUUGUGCGCGGGACCAAGCGGGCAGCACGGGCGAACAGCAUUUUUGGUUACUGGAUUGGAGAUAGGAGAAAACUGAACUGAGGGACUCUGCGUGUAUUAGUAGUGGUGAUGAGGAGCUC